UGACUGUGGAGGGGGAUCCACAAUUUUCAGGGCGUAAAUCUUGCUGUUUCUGAGCUUUCUUGGGCUAAAUGUUGGUGCUUUGGUUUUAUAUGGGAGCUGAAUCUUUAUGUUUUGGAGGAGGUUUUGCUGACUUGUGAUGUUUGGGGAGUUUUUCAUCUGUGUCUUGAACUUUGUGGUGUGUUUGGGCUGAAUCUUGGUGUCUUGGUGGUUCUUAGGGACACAAGAUUCCCAAUGACUUCCUGAGAUGAACUUGGGCAAGGUGGAACCUGCAUUCCAAGGUGCUCUCUUCUUGUUUUUUCCCCAAACCAGGAUUUGUCAUUCCCAGGGCGUGGCUGGAUGGAGGAGGAGGAAAAGCCCCGGAGAUGCUGCAGGAGGGGGAGCUGCAAACCCAGCCCAUGGAGCUGCGGGGAGGAAAGAGCCCCCCUGAGCCAGGAAGGCAGGUGGAGAUCCAGGCGGAGCUCGGAGCUGGUGGAGAAGCCUCAUGGCAGGGAGAAGCCCCACAAGUGUUUGGAAUGUGGAAAGGGUUUCAGCUGGAGCUACCAACUGAUCCAGCACCAGAGGAUCCACACUGGGGAGAGGCCCUACGAGUGUGGGGAGUGUGGGAAGAGGUUUCGGAGCAGCUCCAAUCUCCUCCUCCAUGAGCGGAGUCACACAGAGGAGAGGCCCUUCCGCUGCCCCGACUGCGGGAAGGGCUUCAAGCACAACUCCAGCCUCAUCAGGCACCAGCACAUCCACACCGGGGAGAGGCCCUACAAGUGUGGGAAGUGUGGGAAGAGCUUCAUACGCAUGUCUGGCCUGAUCCAGCACCACGUUAUCCACACUGGGGAACAGCCCUACGAGUGCUUGGAAUGUGGGAAGAGCUUUGGGUGGAGCUCUGCCUUGAGAAGACACCAGCGCAUCCACACUGGGGAGAGGCCCUACGAGUGUGGGGAGUGUGGGAAGAGGUUUCAGACCAGCUCUGAUGUCCUCAAGCAUGAACGGAUUCACACAGAGGAGAGGCCCUACCGCUGCCCUGACUGCGGGAAGGGCUUCAAGCAAAACUCCAACCUCACCGUGCACCGGCGCAUCCACACCGGGGAGAGGCCGUACGAGUGUGGGAAGUGUGGGAAGAGCUUCACACAGAGAUCAACCUUGACCAAACACCAACGGAGGCACCACUAAGGGAAGCCCUGUGAGUGCCCUGAGUGAGGAAAGAGCUUUGAGUGAGG